AUGCGACUAUAUAAAAUACCAGUCCAAGUAUUUGUCCAAAAAUGUGACUGCUUGGACACACUCCAAACUUUUGACGGCCAGGUUUCUGGAGAAUUGAUCCAAGCGAGUGCAGGGGAGGAUGUUAGAUUUCCCCUCUCAGAGGAUUGCAGGAAAGGACACGGAGCGCUCUAUCUACACCUGAAGGAUGGCAGCACUCAGAUAGUCGCCUCCCUUGCUGGUAACUGGAAGCCGGGGCGAGCUCACACUGACCGGGUGAUUGUAAGCAGCGAUGCUCUGAUACUGAAAAAUGUAGAUUUAAAUGACCAGGGACUGUAUGAGUUUACAUGUGAGAAGAAAAACACGGAGCUCACUGAUCUACAAGUAUUUGUACCCUCUGAAGUUGUUGUCUCCGAGGGUGAGGAUGCCACCCUCUCAUGCCGCUCCAUCACGUUAGGUCAGUCUGUGAAGUCUGCGCGCUGGAGGAGAAACGGAGAGCUGCUGCUCGAGCUGAACGGCCGGACGAGGGAAAUUACCUAUGGGAGAGGCUUUAAUGAAAGCAGGGUGUCAGUACCAUCAGGCUGGUACCAGCGAGCAAACCUGUCUCUCACCUUAAAGCGAGCUGAGGUGAAAGAUCAAGGCGCCUAUUACUGCGACAUCGACAAGGCGGAGAAACACCGCUCUGCCGUCCGCCUAAUAGUCCGAGUGAUCGUCCCCAAAUCAGUGACCACGCUUCAGCAGCCUACACCGGCACCGUUGUCACCAGAGUGUCCUUACUGGACAUGGACCACAUUCCUCAUAACAGCAGCUGGAUUUGUAAUCGUUGGGCUGCUUGCUUGGCUUAUCUGGAACAAGAUGUUCAAAGGGUCUACACGAGGAGCUGGUGGGGAAACAUCACAGCGUGAAGAAGGUAUGAAUUUGAGAGGCGUCAGCAACGGCGGUGGACUCCUCAGCAACAGCCAACGUGGAGGGAGAGGAUGUAGAGGACAGAGGACAGAGCGUGACCAACAACAAAUGUUUAUGUUAAACGGUUUCCAUUGAUUUUUAUAAAUGGGUAUUUUUAACCCCCCCCCCCAAAGUUUACUGGACCAGUGCGUAACUCGACUUUCUCAGGAGUCCAAAUCUCCUUUUUCCCUCUGCUGUUAAAAUGCUCUCAGGUUAUGUUUCUGUUUUCUUACACUGAUUUUUGUCUUCUAACCAAGUUAUACCAUAUGUUUGCAUAUCUAAUACUAGUCUAUAAAUUGUUUUAAACUGAAGACAAAGUUUUUCCCUCUGACACAAAAAGAUGAGCUUUACUCUUCAGCUGGAAAAAAGGUCGCCUUCAUACACAACGCCAAAACCUCACAGCACAGAAAUCUCUGAAGCUUCGUGAAACAUUUCAUGAAAUUGUUUAUUCUUUGUAACCUUUUUAUGACACUUUAAUUCACUAUUUAUUCUGCUUAUGGCUUUACUCUGUUAUCAUUUACAGCGAGCGUGUGCCCUGUCUGCCUGUUUAUAGAGAUUUCAAGCUUUGCUUACAUGUAUUUACUUUGUUUACUUUGUUCUUCAAAAAAACUCACAGAACCUGCUGUAUGUUAAUAAAGCUGA